UUGACACUGACAAACCAUAAUGCUCUCUCUCACCUUGAUUUUGGUCCUGCUGACAGCUGUGCACAGUGGAGAAGGAUGGAAUAAUGAUUGGGACCGUCCUUUGCAUUUUGUUUGUAGAUCUGGACAAGUUUUAUCAAGAAUUGCAAGCUACCACAAUAACCAAAAAGAAGAUCGCCGCUGGAGCCUCUCAUGCAAGUCCUUACCAAAUACCCAAAAGUGCUACUGGUCAAACUUUGUUAACGGGUUUGACAAAAAUGUUGACUUUUCUUGCCGACAAAAUUAUGUGGUUGCUGGCGUCUACAGCUACCACUCCAACUCUCAUGAAGACAGGCGAUGGAGGUUUUACUGCUGUACGGCCCCACAAUUUGAAACAUCUAACUGCCAGGAAACGACGUGGAUGAACUACUGGGAUGAAUAUUUCAACUGGUAUGUCCCCGGAGCCAACUACCUGACGGGCUUAAAAAGCUACCACAGGAAUGACAAGGAAGACCGCCGAUGGCGUUUCAAAUACUGCACUGGACAGACAAGAGAUACUAGGACAUCAAGCAACUCUGACGUAAUGUCAAAAAUUCUUAACGUAAACAAAGUUGUAAGCAAGGCUUUCACUGAAGGAGACGUAGCUGUUGCAAGCAAUCGAAAUGCCAGGAUUUGUAAUAACUGCAAAUGGCAAAAAUCCUCCACGGAGGUUGAGAUUCCAUACACCAUCAGCAGUUCUUUCAACAGUUACCACAAGUCAGUCAUUGAGAGAACCAUGAGGACAUUCUCCUGUAACACCUGUGUUCGUUUCGUUCAUCGUCGCAACCAGAACAACUAUAUCAGCAUUGUAAACAAAAAUGGGUGUUGGUCUCAUGUGGGACGAACUGGAGGAGGUCAAGAAUUAUCUCUCAACGUACAUGGAUGUGUUUACCAUGGUAUCAUUCAGCAUGAGCUCAUUCAUGCACUGGGCUUCUGGCAUGAGCAAAGCAGGAGUGACAGGGACCAUUAUGUCAGGAUCAACUGGGAAAACAUCCCGACGCACAAUAGACAUAACUUCAAUCGUCACACCACCAACAACCUAAAUACUCCAUAUGACUACUCUUCAGUUAUGCAUUAUGGAAAAACCGCCUUCUCAAAGAAUGGAAGGGAUACCAUCACUCCUCUUCGUUCAAAUGUGAGGAUAGGCCAGAGGGACGGCAUGUCAGAACUUGACAUUCUGAAGAUCAACAGGCUUUACAACUGCAAGAGUUACUUACCAAGAUCGAGCUAUUGGGACAAUAACUGGGAUGGUGUCCUGAGUCAUCAAUGUCCUCCUGGCCAAGCUGUGUCUCGCAUAACAAGUGUUCACAGUAACCAAAGAGAAGAUCGCUUAUGGAAGUUUUCAUGCAAGGCUCUGGGCACACCCAAGACAUGCCGUUGGUCAGGCUAUGUGAACGAUUUUGAUAAAGACAUGAACUUCCAGUGCCCUCAUAAUCAAGUGAUUGCUGGGGCCCACAGUUACCACAGGAAUGAUAAAGAGGACAGAAGAUGGCGGUUUUACUGCUGCAGCUUCACUGGUUUUGUCACAUUCGACUGCAAACCAACACCAUGGGUUAACUACUUUGAUGAAUACUUCAGCUGGCCAGUUCCCUAUGGCAAUUUCUUAACGGGAGUUAGAAGCUACCAUCGUAACUAUCAAGAGGAUCGUCGCUGGUGUUUCCGUUACUGCCAGGGACGCAGCAGCUGAUAAGGAGAUGGCUUAAUGGGCCCUUUUACAAGAUGUCACACAAGCUACUCCAUCCAAACAUAUCUAGAUAAAUAUAGCAUCAGUUUACACAUCUAAAUUCCUUGCUAAUUCCUUGCUUCCUUCUCUGAAUGCACGUUGUUUUUCCUCCAUUUGUACCUGAUUUGAACACACCUACAAAGCAUACAAUCCUAAAGAUCUGUGGAAUAUUGUAGUCGCAAUGCACACACACACACACACACACACACACACACACACACACACACACACACACACACACACACACACACACACACACACACACACACACACACACACACACACAUUUUCAAAUUGUACUUACACACUCUUGAAACAUAGACUCAUGGGAUAUUAUACUGAUAUAAUAGAACCAAGUGACAUUUUUAACCAUGGGUUAAUUAGCUUAGAUAGUAAAAAGAAAAUAUCUUCACACUGAUCCAACCUUUUAGCAGGUGCAGUGAUGAAGAAGAAUGCCUAGUAAUAUUUAUAAAAGUCCACACAGCACUGUCUUGCAAGAAAAUUCCUUGUAAAAUUUCAGUCAAAAAUAUCUGUCAAGCCCUGUCUGACAAAGAUAGUUUUACAAACAAAUACACUUCACAUACAAAUCAAUAUGCAAUUAUUUUCUUGCAACUCAGUGCUGUGUGAAUUUUUUUUUAUAAGUACUGGUUAAUUGGAAUAAAUGGCCUAUAAAACUUUAAAAUUAAUUCCUAUGCCUACAGCAAGCAUGCCACUACACAGCCGUUUCUUGAUGGAAUCUAAUUACUGAACUAAGUUGACAUUAUUCUUGUAUUGCUUUUUUUUUCAUCAAAAUAAUGUGCAAAGAGGGAAAAGUCACUUCAUUGAAUCAUAUUUUUUUUUUCCAUUUAUCUUUAUGGACAAAACAAAUUUCUACUUGGUAACUGCAUUUCUAAAUUAAUGAUCAAUUAAAUGUGUUUGACUAGUUGAUUUCUUUAAUACAUUGAAAAUCCUGUUUCUGAUCCAUUAUAAGACUUCAUAUAAAAAUGUAUGAUGAUUUUAAUCUAUAAUUUUUAUGAUUGUUUGGGGAUUAUUAUUCUGUUGGCAUUUUUCACUUAACAGCAACAGUAGAGACAGUCAGGAAAGGCAGGGGAUAACAUGCAGCAAAGGGCCUGGGCUGGAUUCAAACCCAGGCCGCUGUGGUAAGGACUCAGUCUUUAUAUGUGGUACAUGCUAUAUCAGGUGAAUCGUCGGGGGCACCCCGUUUGGGGAUUGUAAUGGAAGAUUGAUGACUCAUCUUUUAUUCCAUACGUUUAUUCAAAUAAUUUCUGUUCUUCUCAAAGUUUUUUUAUGAAUGGCUUGGGAUAUUCUAUUCACUUUGUGCUUCUUUAAAACCUGGCUUUGCAAUAAAGACAUAUUUUGCAGCAAA